AAAGAAAAGAACUGUCUCUCUCUCUAAUCCAAAAACAACAAAAAAAACAUAAUGUCAUACUCAACAACUCUUUUAAUGAUCGUCAAAAACACUUUAUUCAAUAACUUCAUCCUGCCUUUGCUAAUUGUAAUCUUACCUAUCCUUAUCCAAGGCUUACUUAAUGGACUUUAUCCAAUCUCCAAAUUACCAAAAGAUAAUACCAAACCCAUUACUCUUUCUAAGUUUUACUCCUUAUACUAAAUAGAUUUCUCACCAACAACCAAAGAAUCUAAUAUAUUGUUGAUGAUUUCUCACAAUCCCAUUUGCCUAGAGAAUAAUACAUUGAAGGUCCUAAAAUUAAAUUAAGAGAAAGAGUUCAAUUAUUAGAAGGACCUUAAUGGUCUUAUGAAAACAGGCCCAAGUUAAGAAAAGAUCAAGUUGACUAAGCAAAUUAAUAUAAUAAAAGUAUAAUAGACGAUACCGCUAAAGAUAUGACUAUGGUCUAUUUUCCAUAAUGGAAAACACAUUCUAAAGACAAAUGGAAAACUGAAAGAGGAUUUCUCACUACUGUUUAUCCAAAACCUUCAGAACCUCAAAAUUAUACAGAUGUUUAUAUUGAAGGUUUUGAAGUAUUAGGAGAUUUCUCUAGAAAAUUUCAAAAAGAUGAACUUAAUCCCAAAGAUUUUAAAUGCACAAUUAAAUCUACACGUGAGCCUAUUCCAUCUAUAUCAAUAAGAAAGUACAUGUAAGAUAGUGUUUACAAUAAAUUAUUUCACUAAAAUUCAAACCCUUCUGAUUUUACUACUAAUACUAGAUAUCCUAAAAUUUAUAAUAAAUCUAUAAGACAAGAAAUCUUUACCAUAGCUAAAAAAGUAGAUUAGAGCUGA